CUCUCUCUCUCUCUCUCCAAACUAUUCAUUGCUAGAGUCGCUCUUCAUUUUUGGUUUUAGCGGCCUGCUCCAAUUAACUGUUCAAACACUAUGCGCUUGAUUUAGAUGAUCUACAAGCCAACGACGCACUUCUCCAAAGCGCUCAAAGAUCGACGACAACAUUCACACCUUUCAAUUCUCUCUCUCUCUCUCUCUCUCUCUCUUUACAUUUUGUUUCAAAAUUAUUUUAUCUGAAAUAGGUGCUAUAUUUAUCUGAAAUAGGUGCAACAUGAACCGAAGGCGAGAGUUCGCCUUCCAGAACAAGCAGUCUCGGUGCGCACUUCAAGAACAGUAUAUGCAGAGAAAGAAUGCUCGAGAAAACUUGGAUAGAUUCAUUCCAAACCGAUCAGCGAUGGACUUCGAUUUCGCACAUUACAUGCUGACAGAAGGGAGGAAAGCCAAGGAGAAGCCGCCUGCAAGCUCACCAGCAGUGGAGGCCUACCGGAAGCGGUUGGCUGAGGUCUUUAACAUGAAUAGGACUCGAAUUUUCGCGUUCAAGAACAAGCCGCCUGCCCCCGUGGAGUUGAUCCCACGUGAAUUAUCCUCUUCUCUCUACAGUGAUAAGCCAAUGAAGCCCUGGCGACAUAUUUGUCAGGCUUCUGAGAGGACAUUAGGUGCUCCUGACCUUGUGGAUGAUUAUUACCUGAAUUUACUGGAUUGGGGGAGCUGCAACUUUCUCGCAAUUGCGCUUGGAAAUACAGUUCAUCUGUGGGAUGCUUCAAAUGGUUCAGCUUCUGAACUUGUCAGCAUUGAUGAGGAAGAUGGCCCCGUUACAAGUGUUAGCUGGGCUCCUGAUGGCCAGCACAUUGCCGUUGGAUUGAACAAUUCUGAGGUGCAGUUGUGGGAUUCAACAACUAAUCGACAGCUAAGAACCUUGAGAGGUGGUCACAGAAUGCGAGUGGGGACGCUGGCAUGGAACGAUCAUAUCCUUACAACUGGAGGAAUGGACGGUCUGAUCAUCAACAAUGACAUAAGAGUCAGAGCACACAUUGUUGAAACCUACAGAGGCCACAACCAAGAGGUUUGUGGGCUAAAAUGGUCGGCCUCAGGCCAGCAAUUGGCGAGUGGAGGUAAUGAUAAUCUCCUCCACAUCUGGGACAGAUCAAUGGCAUCUUCACGUUUAGUGACACGGUGGCUUCAGAGGCUUGAGGACCAUACAUCUGCCGUGAAAGCCCUUGCUUGGUAUCCUUUUCAGAGCAAUUUGCUAGCUUCUGGUGGAGGAGGAGGUGAUAGGUGCAUAAAGUUCUGGAACACCCUCACUGGUGCUUGCUUGAACUCGGUUGACACUGGCUCUCAGGUUUGUGCUCUGCUGUGGAGCAAGAAUGAGAGAGAGCUGCUUAGCUCUCAUGGUUUUACUCAGAAUGAGCUCGUUCUUUGGAAAUACCCAUCAAUGGUGAAGAUGGCAGAGCUGAAAGGCCAUACCUCUAGGGUUCUAUUUUUGGCUCAGAGUCCGGAUGGUUGCACCGUAGCAUCCGCAGCAGGGGACGAAACACUGAGAAUCUGGAAUGUUUUUGGAGUCCCGGAAGUUGCUCCCAAACCAAACCCUGAGCCUUUUGCUCAUGUGAAUCGCAUCCGAUAAUCAGGAUAAAGCUGCAGAUUUCAAAGCUUCAGUGUGAUGAGUACAACAGUUAGUUGUGUCAUAAUCACUUGGUACUCUAAAGUUGUUGUACUAGAUGUUUUUGUUAUUAGGAUCUGAAGGCAAGUGACAAGCCCAAUUAUUUGUCCUGUAAAGUCCACUUGAUGUGUAGAGUUUUCACAUACAAACUUGCUUAUUGAGAGUUCAUGUACAGGGAAUUUGGGAAAUCUUUAAUUGAUAACAAUUUUUCACAUACAAACGU